AUGCCACUCGGAAGACAAAUGCAGUUUAUGUUACUCUUCAGCCGUCAGGGGAAGCUGCGGCUCCAGAAGUGGUACGUGCCACUGUCUGACAAGGAGAAGAAGAAGAUUACCAGGGAGUUGGUUCAGACUGUCUUGGCCCGAAAACCGAAAAUGUGCAGCUUCCUGGAAUGGAGAGAUCUGAAGAUUGUCUACAAAAGGUACGCCAGCCUUUACUUCUGCUGCGCCAUUGAAGACCAGGACAAUGAGCUGAUCACUCUCGAAAUAAUUCACCGUUACGUGGAGCUUUUGGACAAGUAUUUUGGCAGCGUGUGUGAGCUUGAUAUCAUCUUUAAUUUUGAGAAAGCCUAUUUUAUCCUGGAUGAAUUUCUUUUGGGAGGAGAGGUACAGGAAACGUCAAAGAAAAACGUUCUAAAAGCCAUUGAGCAGGCCGACCUGCUACAAGAGGUAAGGAGAAUGACUUUACCUACCGCAUGGUUAUUUUGCCACCGUGUCUUUGCUUCCUGCUACUAA